AUGGCUUUUCCGUAUCCCCAGGUCGUUCUGCUUGGCGACUCACUGAUACAGCACUCGGCCGAGACGCUCGACGGCUUCUCGCUUCAAUCGGCGCUUCAGACCCGCUGUCUACGACGUUUCGAUGUCAUCAACCGUGGCUUCUCCGGGUGGAACACGGCCAACGCGAUGAAGUUUAUCGACCAGAUCUUCCCUAAGCCUAGCGAGGCAUCUCCGCGCAUCAAAUUCCUGGUUGUCCUGCUCGGGGCCAACGACGCCGUGAUCCCGCUGCCGACCACGACGCAGCACGUCCCACUCGACCAGUACAAGAAGAACCUGACCACCAUAGUCAACCAUCCGCACAUCCUGGCGCACGAGCCCAAGAUCCUGCUCGUCACGCCGCCGCCCGUGGACGAGAUCCGGCUCAAGGAGCUCAACAUGGCAGAGGGUCACCCGUGUGCCGUCCGGACGUCAGCAAUCAGCUCCUCGUACUCGGAGACGGCCCGUCAGGUCGCGCGCGAGAAUGCGCAUGUGGUGUCUAUUGAUCUCUGGAAGGGCAUCAUGGACAAGGCGAUUGCCAUGACGCCCGACGACUACAAGGAGGGCGGCCCACUCCUGGGCACGCCUGACAACGGCAAUCGGGGCGGGCUGGCGUCGUUGCUCCCCGACGGGCUUCACAUGAGCGGCGACGCGUACAGGGUCUUCUACGGCCUACUCAAGCCGCAUAUUGGCGAGGAAUGGGUCAACUUGCCGGUCGAGGACCGCACCGGCUACCUGUUCCCAGACUGGCGGGAGCUGGCGGGACAAGCAGCGUAA